UUUCUAAAACUCUACUAAGCACUUUCUUAUCUCUUCUUCAAUAAUUUCAGUCUCAGUCUAUUUUCCUUUCGGGUGGUGUGAUUUCAUUUCAAGUCAUCUAAGUUCACAAUUGCUGUGUUUUCUUUCAGCUGGGAAGAGGAAGGGCAACUUCUUUUUUUCACUUCUCAAAGUUGUUACGGUACAAAGAGAAACGAAGCGGGGUGGGGUGGUGCUAAGGUUGGAGAGAUAAGCAUAAGAAAGAAAGUAGAGAGGAGAAGAAUUUUGGCCCCAAAAGAUCGGAGACUUUCACAAAGGGGGUGGUGUGGGGGGUGGGUUUUGGCCAAGUGAUGCGCUCAGGAGCCUGUGCGGUGCAGCAGACCCUCACAACAGAGGCUGCUUCAGUAUUGAAGCACUCUCUCAGCCUGGCAAGGAGGAGAGGCCAUGCUCAGGUCACUCCCCUCCACGUGGCUGCCACUUUGCUAAGCUCAAGGGCUAGCCUUUUGAGAAGGGCUUGUCUCAAGUCUCAGCCUCACCCGACUCCGCAUCCUCUUCAGUGUAGAGCUCUCGAGCUUUGCUUUAACGUGGCUCUCAACAGACUACCCACAACGCCUGGUCCUCUCCUUCAUGGCCAACCCUCCCUCUCAAACGCUCUGAUUGCAGCACUCAAAAGAGCACAAGCCCACCAGAGAAGGGGCUGCGUUGAGCAACAGCAGCAACAGCCUCUCUUGACUGUAAAAGUGGAGCUGGAACAGCUCGUCAUAUCCAUACUCGAUGACCCUAGCGUUAGUAGGGUUAUGAGGGAAGCUGGCUUCUCCAGCACUGCUGUCAGGAACAACAUCGAGGACUCCUCAGCUUCAUCUGUCUUCCAGUGUUAUAGCACUUCGGGUGGGGUCUUUUCUUCACCUUGUUCUCCUUCUCCUACUGACUCUCAGAGAGAACUCGUCAACCCUAGCACUUUCUGGCAAACCCAUCUCUUGACCUACUCUUCCGAGCAGAACCCAUUUUUCUUUUCGCCUCAAAAGAAAGUCCCAAGCAACUAUGUCACAGAUUCAGCGUCUGUGAAGGAAGAUAUCAAGCUGGUUUUUGAGGUUUUUCUGAGGAAAAAAAGAAAGAACACUGUGAUAGUUGGUGACUGUGUGUCCACAACUGAAGGCCUUGUUUCGGAGCUGACGGAGAGGAUAGAGAGAGGAGAUGUUCCUGAGGAAAUGAAACACGUCCAUUUUGUCAAGUUUUACUUCGCGCCUGUGUCUUUGAGAUUCAUGAAAAGAGAAGAUGUUGAAAAGCAUCUGGCGGACCUGAGGAGGAAAGUGGAUUGCGUUGCAUCUGGGGGAGAGGGUGCCAUUAUCUAUGCAGGAGACUUAACAUGGACUGCGGAAGAAAAUCUGAAUGGAGAAAUCCCUGGUUACAGAGCAGUUGAUCAUCUAGUAACUGAAAUAGGAAGACUGCUCUCUGACUAUAACUUCUCAAACACAAAGGUGUGGUUAGUAGCCACUGCGAGUUAUCAAACAUACCUGAGAUGCCAUAUGAGGCAACCUCCUCUGGAGGCUCAAUGGGCACUUCAAGCCGUUUCUGUUCCCUCAGAAGGGCUUGGUUUGAGCCUCCAUGCUUCCAGUGUCCAUGAUUCAAGGAUGCCCUUUGCUCAGAACCCAUCUCAAGUGCUUGAAUCGAAGCCAUUUGCUAACAAGGAAGAGCAUGACAAGCUCAGUUGCUGUGCCGAAUGCACUACAAAUUAUGAGAAAGAUGUACAGCUGUUUAAGUCUGGCCAGCAAAAGCUCUUGCCUCCUUGGCUGCAACCUCAUGGUAGUAACAAUGCCUACCAAAAGGAUGAAUUGCUUGAAUUGAGGAGAAAAUGGAACAGACUAUGCCACAGCUUACACCAAGGCAGGCAUAAUCAGAACCAUUUGAGAUCCACCUUGUAUAACAAUCAAAGCCAUACUGGAAAAAGCCAUCCUUAUGCUUCAUCAUACCCUUGGUGGCCUUGUCAAAGUAGCAUGUUCCCCGAUUCGACUUCAAUCUAUUUCUCUGAUUCUGGUUCGAAGCUGAACCACAGCCCCAAUUCGGUGCCUAAAUUCAGACGGCAAAACUCGUGUACCAUUGAGUUCAAUUUCGGUAAUGGUACACACAAGCACGAAUCAGGUGAACCAAACUUGGAUUCACUUAAGAACAGUGAGGAUAAAGAGGUAAAGAUCACCCUUGCUCUUGGUAAUUCUUUGUUUUCAAACUCAGGGAAACCAGCAAAAGAGACAAGUGAAGUGUGUAAGUUGUUGCAAGCUAAUGUCCCUUGGCAAUCUGAGACCAUUCCUUCAAUAGCUGAAACCUUGAUAGAUUCCAAAUCCACCAAAAAGGAGACUUGGUUGCUGAUUCAGGGGAAUGAUGUGAUUGGAAAAAGAAGAUUGGCACGUGCAAUUGCAGAAUCUGUUUUGGGGUCACCUGAUUUUCUCUUGCACAUGAACAUGAGAAAUAAUGAGGUGACCUCAUGUUCUGAGACGCUCGUAAGAGCAUUGAGGAACAAUGACAGGCUUGUAGUUUUGGUGGAAAAUGUUGAUUUGGCUGAUACCCAGUUCCUAAAGCUCCUUGCUGAUGGAUUUGAAGCCGGGUUAUUUGGAGAAUCAAGAGAACGGGAGGGAGGUAGUAACCAAGCAAUAUUUAUUUUAACCAAGUCCAUUUCCUCAAGCUAUGAAGAUGGGAAAAGGAAUCAGGAUUCCGUACUGGAGAUGAAGCUUAAUGUCAACGAAAAAAGUAGCAGUUUUGGGUCACCAAACUCUGAAAACAAGAGAAAAGCCGAGUGGGAUGUUUCAAACAAGAUCAAAACGCCAAGAAUCGACGAGGAAGAUCCAUCUUCUACUGGUGGUGAGAAUGGUAGCAUCAAGAAAGAGUUAUCAAGGCAGUCUAGUUUGAACACUCUUGAUCUGAACAUGAAAGCUGAUGAGGAUGAUGAAAGUGGGGAUAAACCUGGAGAGUUUAGUCCCAUUUCAAGUGACUUAACUAGGGAGACCACAGCUGAUCCUCAUAUUCCAAUCGGGUUCCUUAAAUUGAUCCAGAACCGUUAUGUUUUCAACCAAAAUGCAACUCAGGAGAAGGAGAUGAAAGAGUUUUUUGUGUCCAAGAUGAAGGGAUCCCUGAAGGAAACGUUCGGGGGUCAAAAUGUGAUUAGUUUUAGCGUUGAAAAGAGGGUGUUGGAGGGGAUUUUAUUUGGCUCAAGUUAUUUUCUCAACAGCCUUUUUGAGAAGUGGCUAAAAGACAUUUUUCAAACAGGCUUGCAAACUGUUAAAAUUGGCGGGAAAGAGGGUAUAGGUGAAAUUAGACUAAGUUAUGGGGGUAUAGGUGAAAAAGCAAUGGAAAAUGGGUACAUGGGGACUUGCCUCCCCAAGAAAAUCCAAGUUUCUUUCAUGGGCUAAAAUUGGGGUUUCUUCUGUAAAAUUCCUGACAAUACGAAAAAUGACCACAAUGUCCUUCGUGUAACUGCUCACUUUCAUAGGAAGUGUUUUUGUGUUUCCAUGCUCAAAUUAAUUUUCAGUGCCCUUUAUCACAUU